UCUUCAGCCUGUGUCUCUUCUUCUUAGGUUUCUCUCAAAUAAUUCGACUUCGAAUUCAUAGGACACUGCAAAUUUUCAAUGGAAGAUCCGAACACGCACGACAACGUCGAUUCGGAGAAAAUCUCCGAGUCUUUUCUCUGCUGCAUUUGCCUGGAGCUGUUGUACAAGCCCGUAGUGCUGUCUUGUGGUCACAUCUCAUGCUUCUGGUGUGUCCAUAAAUCAAUGGAUAUCGUACAUGAGUCUCAUUGUCCAAUUUGUAGGCACCCAUAUAAUCACUUUCCUACCAUCUGUCAGAUGCUUCACCUUUUGCUCUUGAAGGAGUAUCCUAUUGCCUAUAAGAGAAGAGAAAAUCAAAUUCUGGAAGAGGAAAAGGAGACGGGCAUCUUUUCACCACAAUUUAAUUUUCAAGCAUAUAAUCAUGGGGGCAAUCUAGCCUCUUUAUCUAUCAUGGAUUUCGAGUCAAAGUUACCCUCAGACUCUUUAUCCACCAGGAAAGGGGAACCUUAUGCAAAUUUGGAGCUAUUGAAUUCUGAUUCACAGGUUCAAGAUGAUGGUGUGUGUGCUUUAAUAGAGAUCCAUAAUGGGAAUUCUGAAGUAAUUGGGAAUGUUUCUCUCAAAGAAAAUACUAGCAAGCAGGUUUCGGUUUCUGAUGUGCUGUGUUUGGCAUGCAAACAACUACUAUUUUGUCCUGUGGUUCUUAACUGUGGCCAUGUAUAUUGUGAAAGUUGUAUCAUCAUCCCAGCUGGUGAGAUGCUUAAAUGUCAGGUUUGUCAAACCUUGCAUCCAAGAGGAUUUCCAAAAGUUUGUUUGGAGCUAGAUCAUUACUUGGAGCAAAAUUUUCCAAAAGAAUAUGUGCUGAGAAGAGAUGCUGUUCAGCUCAAGCAAGUUGAUUUUGAGCGUUCAACUGAAUCCCGCGAACAAGGAAAAAAUCCACCGUGGCUGGCUGAACCUUACUCAAACGCACAUAUUGCAGUCGGUUGUGAUUCUUGUGGGAUCGUACCCAUCAUUGGGGACAGAUACAAAUGCAAAGAUUGUGUGGAGAAAGUUGGUUUUGACCUUUGUGGUGAUUGUUAUAAUAGCCGUUCCAAGCUUCCUGGGCGUUUUAAUCAGCAGCAUACCCCAGAACACAAGUUUGAGCUUGUAAGGCCCAAUCCUGGUAGUAUGUUGAGGCUGGUUACUGUACAGUUGGGAGACAAUUCCACUGCUUUUUUAGUUGAUACUUAUGCCUCAGAGGAUUCAGAAAAUGGAUCUCCACCUCCUGCCUUGCCCAGUGAUGCUCAGGAGAAUGCUGACAGCAGUUCAGCUGCUAAUGUUGCCUCCACCGAUGGUGGAGAGGAUCAAACUGGUUCCCAAUCAACCUCCUAACUCUACACCAAGAUGAAGCCAUACGCGUCGUGUCUAGGGUUCUGGACGUUUCUCCUACUUCAGCUAAAAUAGGCUUCCACCACUCAAGGCACGGUAUAUGAAAAUUAAAAUCCCGCAUUACCUUUUUCUAGUUGGUUGCAUGGUUACCAAAAGCAAGCAUGCAUGACCUUUGAAGUUAUGCUAUUGUUUUAUAACGUUUUUGGUGUCUAUGUUCUGUCCAGAUUGUAGCUGUUCUUGGUGUGUCAAAAGUCCUGGUAUUUACCUUCUCAUCAGUGUUUGGAAACAGUUGUCUGUGGUCAUGUGCAUCAUGAGGGUUCCCAGGUUUAUAUAUUUCCCUCGGGUUGAAGUGGACGACUCAUACAGCUAUUCAAUCGUUGCUUGAUAUUAAUAUGUUGGUUUACUUCUAAAAGUGAAAGAUGUGUUGGUUCGUGCGCGAGCGAUGAGCAAUGGAUAAAU